AUGACUGUCGACUCUCUCUCCAACGCUAUCAGGCCCCUAGGCCCAAUUGAGAUCUACUCAUCUUCUCGCCACCCCCUAGGCCUAUACCGCUGUGUGGCAGUCACCGGAAGAUACACUCUACCCCAAAACUCUUCACCUUCAAACACAGCUAUCCUAGCGGCUCUUUCAAACAUCAUAACUACGCAUCCCAUGCUCAGAGUGGGCAUUACGGAUGAAGACACCAACAAUGCUCACUUCACCCACAUCCGCGAGAUUAACCUCAAUGAGCAUGUCGAGUUUCGAGAAAUCCCUGAUGAAGAGAACUAUGAAAAGACUCUUGAAGAAGUCCAAGCCUGGUGUCACGAUCAGCUAUGGAGCAAUGUUGAAUCUCGUCCUCCCUGGCGCAUCAUCGUUCUCAGACCAGGCUUGAACCCUUCUUUCGAAGAUGUCAUUUUUUCAUUCCAUCACUCUCUGAUGGAUGGAACUAGCUCUAAGCAGCUCCACGAGCAUCUCCUAGUCGAACUCAAUGCUCUUUCCCCUGUGUCAUCCUCCAAGGCUGAAACAGUCCUCUCAUUCCCUGAGCCCCCUUCCUUGCCAGAGCCCCAAGACGCCAUCCUCGCCUACACGAAUAGCAUGUCCUUCUGGGCCGCUACACUAUGGAACGAACUCGGUCCUUCAUUUCUCAAGUCUGCCAAACCUGCUAUCUGGGCUGGCAAACCCAUCGACUUUGCCCACCCACACAAGGCUCGUGUCCAUGCGGUCGACAUCUCAGCUCCAGUAGUAGCGAGCCUCCUUGCUGGAGCCCGAUCUCAUGGAACAUCCAUCACAGGUCUACUGCACGCCCUCAUCCUUGCCUCUCUUGCAGCCCGCAUCCCAGAUGCACCAGCAUUCGCAUCUUCCACACCCAUCAACAUGCGGCCAUACAUGUCUUCCACGGCAAACCCAGCCCUCAAAGACACCUACCGCGUGCUCAUUACCACCAUGACACACCAAUUCGCUUCAUCCGAUGUCUCAGCCCUUCGCAGUCCUAAGGCAGAUCUAGACGCCCUCAUCUGGCACCAUGCCCGCGAACUCAAGACCCAAAUCAAGGAUAGAGCCGCAACACUUCCCGCCGACGAUGACGCCAGCCUACUCCCCUACAUCUCUGACUGGGCAUCUCACUGGCGCAAGAAGGACGGCAAGGAGCGGGAUGACUCAUGGGAGCUUAGCAACAUUGGAUGUUUGAGUAUUCCUACCCCUGAAGAGGGCAAGAGGAGCAUCUCACGUGUACUCUUCACCAAUGGUAUCAUGGUCGCCGGCGGUCCAAUGAGCAUCAGCGUGGCCAGUGUUCCUGGAGGCGCCUUGACGCUGGGAAUAUCAUGGAAUGAAGAUGUUGUGGAAGAGGUCAUCAUGGCAGGUUUGGCCGAGGAUCUCGAGGGGUUUGCGGCGAGAUUGCACGAGACGGGCAAGUUUGCUAAGGACUAA